GAGUCUCCAUGGCAACAAAGGCCGGCCCGGCCCCUUAUUCAAAUAUAACCGGAAACGGACGUCAUUUUGGGCCAAUCUGUGCGCUCUGGGGUGACAUAAUGGAAUUUUUAGGGCUAGAAAGCAAUCGGUGCAUAGCAGACGUGCCACAAGGAAGAGACAACGACUACAGGAGGGGCCGCGGCGUCUGAAACCCUUCAAGGAAAGAGGGUGGUGGUUUACAGGAAAGAUCAGCCGUUUUCCCCCAUGUUUUGGAUAGUGGAGUCUGCGAGUGCUCGCCCUCGUAUGAGGGCGUAGAAUGGACACGAGCCUACCCCCAGGCACUGUGUUCAAAUCUCCGAGGAACCCCAGCACCACCUCUUCCCACACCAACAUGAUGAAGAAGGACAUCAAUCUCAACCUGGACACGCAGCCCUCCGAGCCCAAGGCCAAUACGCUGCGCGACGCCGACGUGCUGCUCAAUUCGCCGGAUUUGGGACUACUCAAGCUAACCUCCCCCGACCUGGAGCGUCUCAUCAUUCAGUCCAACGGGCUGGUGGGCGCCGCCAACCCGACGUCCCAGUUCCUCUACCCGAAGUCGGCCAGCGACGAGCAGGAGUUCGCGGAAGGCUUCGUCAAGGCUCUGGAGGAUUUGCACAAGCAGAACCAGUUGAGCGAAGCGGGCUGCGUCUCGGUGGACAGGCUGGAGCUCCUCGGAGCCGCCAACGCGGUGGGCUCGUCCGCGCUCCAGACGUCGGACUUCCCCGUGUACACCACGCUGAACGGCUACGCCGCCAGCCCGCUGGGCGGCACCACGAUCAAUUAUUCCACCGACACCAUCCCUUUCCUGCCGCCUCCGUCACACCUCAGCCCGCAGCAGCAAUCCACUGCAGCGACGCUGUCCCGGCUCCAGUCCGCUGGUGGCACCGUGAAGGACGAGCCGCAGACGGUUCCAGACAUGCAGAGCCUCGGGGACAGCCCGCCCCUCUCCCCGAUUGACAUGGACAACCAGGAGCGAAUUAAGGCGGAGAGGAAAAAACUGCGCAACCGGAUAGCUGCCUCCAAGUGCCGCAAGAGGAAACUGGAGAGGAUCUCUCGGCUGGAGGACAAGGUGAAGAGUCUGAAGACGCAGAACACCGAACUGGCGUCCACGGCCAGCGUGCUCCGGGAGCAGGUGGCUCAGCUCAAGCAGAAGGUUAUGAACCACGUCAGCAGCGGAUGUCAACUUUUACCAAACCAGGUCCAAGCUUACUAAUUUUCAGCCACGCUGAAUGACAUUGGAGGCAAAGUUGGUAAAUGCAGCGUGUAAGUGAACUGAAAGGUUCAUUGGCAGAGGGUGUGUGGUCGCAAGCCUGCUGCUGAGUGGCCCCAAUGGAAGCGGCUUGUUGGCACAAAACAGCCAUGUAGCAAACUGCCAUGCAGCACCGUGAGUGUACACACGUGACACAAGUGUAUACUUGAGGGUGUCAAACCCAUUUUUGUCGUGGCCACCCUAUACAGUAGUUAUGGUUUCCCUUCACGGGGCUGUUACGAAACUAUAUGCAGUACAAGUAAAAUUACCUCGUCGCAUUAUAAGCUACACUUUAUCACAUACCUAGUUUUAAAAACAAUUUAACUAUUGUCCAAUUUACAGCGGGGCUUUAUUUAACACCACGGCUUGCCUGUUUUCCCCCUGUUUUGGUCACGUGACGUUUGCUGUGGCGCCCAUGGACACAAACGUCAAUUUCAGUCGACAACAGGGGGCGGUACGUCAUAAAAAGUCAGCCUUCUUGGAAGGCUGAAAACGAGUGGAUGAGUUUUCUUAAUUCCGAUUCCACAGACGCAGUAUUAUUUAGACUUGUGGAGGCACAAAAUGUUUGACUUGUCUUCCACGUUGAUUGGCAUUAUUAGUUGUAUUAUUCAAUCUUCCCCAAAACAUUUAGUAAGUGUUUUCAAUCAAGUCAAAUAACACCACAUUGUAUUCAAAAAAGUGAAUGUUAGGAAAUAAAGUGGUUCUCUGAAGGCAAGCGUCAGGUACACUGUGACCACCUGAGCGUGAGACAGCAACAUUAAGUGCAAACAAUAUGCAAUUCCGCUGGUACAGAUUUGAGGAAGAAAUGAAGUAGAUACACAUGAUUUGCUUUAUUGGGCCAUAUAAAAUGUGGCGGGCCGUAUCUGGCCCCCGGGCCUUGAGUUUGACACCUCUAGUAUUGAUGGAAAAUCUCAACAGCCAAAUGUAAGUGUCAUUAAGUGCUGCCAUCCAAAUGUACAUAUACACUGCCUUACUUGUUUACAAGCACUUGCUCUAGCAAAUGUCUUUUUUAUUUACCAAACCAUUUAUUUACUUUUGUUUUUCAAAAAUGAACACUGCAUGUUUUCCUGCCAGUAAACCAUUGUAUUCCAUUGUGUUUGUCUCCAUGGUGGCUGCUUAGAAAACUUUAGGCACCAAACUUCCAUGAAUGUACGUGUAUGUAUUGGGAAGCCCCAUUUGUGUACGAUGCACUCAUCUCUUUGACAUUACAUUCACUAUAGUAAAGUGUUUGCGCUUACAUUGUAAAUUAAACAAAAAUCUGAUUUUCUUACGUUUUAA